GCGGAGCCGCAACUCUGUUUCGGCUGCAGUCGUCAGUGUGCAACAGUGUGAUUAACAGAGAGAGAGAGGCAGAGAGACAUUCACUGAUUGUGUGUGAAGCAACAAGAAGGGACAAAGGCACACAGCCAGGUGAACCUCUUCCCUGAUGAUGGACAACUACGCCCUGCCAUUCUGGGUUUACUUGGCUGCUCUGACUGUGUUUGUUUGUGGAGCAAUGAAAAGAAUCCUGGCCUUCCACCUGAGCGUUGGCCCGACCCUGAUGGCCUGGCUGGGGGCCACCCUGCUCGUGGAGCAGCUGUGGGUGUUCUGCAUGCCAGUGCUGCUGCUCCUGGCACUGCUUGGCCUGGCCUGUUACCUCUACUCUGCCUGCAGGACUGGCCCACCACAGACAGCUCUAUCUGGUCAGGGGAAAACGGUCUUUAUCACAGGCUGCGACUCUGGUUUUGGAAAGGAGGCAGCAAAGCGUUUGGACUCUCUGGGCUUUGAGGUCUUUGCAACAGUGUUGGAGCUGACAGGAGACGGAGCCAGAGAGCUGCAGAGGAGCUGCUCGCCUCGUCUCACACUGCUCCAGGUGGACAUCACGCAGCCGCAGCAAGUGCAGCAGGCGCUGCUGGACACCAAGGCAAAGCUGGGCCUCAGAGGUCUGUGGGGUUUAGUGAACAACGCUGGUGUUUGUGUGAACUUUGGUGAUGCAGAGCUGUCACUCAUGUCCAACUUCCGUGGAUGCAUGGAGGUCAACUUUUUUGGCACGCUCAGUGUCACCAAGAGUUUCCUACCACUGCUGCGACAGGCCAAAGGUCGCAUUAUCACCAUCUCCAGCCCAGCCGGUGACCAGCCGUUUCCCUGCCUGGCAGCAUAUGGAGCAUCAAAGGCAGCUCUCAAUCUGUUGACUGAUACUCUUCGACAUGAGCUGGAGCCCUGGGGAGUCCAGGUGUCCACUAUCCUGCCAUCUUCCUAUAGGACAGGUCGCACCAGUAACCACACUUACUGGGACCAGCAGUACAAACAGCUGCUGCAGGGUCUUCCUCCAGCACUACUCGAGGAGUAUGGCGAGGACUAUGUGAUUGAGACCAAGGACCUGUUUCAGAGCUUUGCCAGCCAGGCCAACCCAGAUGUCACUCCGGUUAUUGACACCAUUGUUCAGGCGCUGCUCGCAGCUCAGCCACAGGCACGUUACUAUGCUGGCCCCGGCGUGGGCCUCAUGUACUUCAUCCACAGCUACUUCCCCUUCAGCAUCAGCAACCGCCUCCUCCAGAAACUGUUUGUGAAGAAGAAGCUCAUGCCCCAGGCACUGAGGAAGCAGUCAGGCCUGGAGCUCCACAGCCUGCACAACAAUAACAACAACGAGGAGAAGUCGGAGAAACUGUAAGGCAGUGGAGCUGUCCCCCUGCAGAUAGAGGACCACAUCUAUAACACACUCCUGCAGCCACAGCCUGUCUUUUUGUUUGUUCAAUCAGUCCUGGGGGGUCACAAUAUCAUGCACUUGGUAGGGUAGGGAUGCUGCAGCAGGCCAGUCGAGAACACAAUCACACCAAUUCCAUGUGCCUUUAAACACUAAGCUGAGAGAAAUGAAGCUGCAUCGUGUGCUCUCAGGCUGUUGUCUCACACUUUGGCUCCACCAAGAGCAAAAUCAAAUGUACACUAAGAAUCACAGAAACAUUUUAAGGUGUCUCAAGCCAGCCUGAUAUUUGAGUGAGGUCUCACAACUGGAGGCGGGGCUUCUGUGUUUUUGUCAUUUAACAUCCUGGACCCCUGAUGAUAUCUCUUGAAAGCAGCAGAGAGCUUGUGGGUGGAUGAGCUCAACCUAUGAGCUGCCUCCAGCUCUUUACCAAAGUCAGUGUGCUUCAACAAUCCAGCAUUGGAUACCUCACUAGCAAAGGGACUCCUCAGUCACUUAUGGACAUCAGUCGGUGCAGUUAUACAAUCAACAAAUUUCAGCAGAGCAAGGAGCAACAGCACAGAGUGGCCAGACAGUAGCACAGAGCCUGAUCCAUCCGUGUGAAAAAUGUCAUUUUAAUGCCGAUGAUAAUGGGUUGUUAUUAAAAAGGGAAACUGUUUUGGAGGGAGAGCGGUUUAGUGAUUUUGUUUUAAAGAUUCCUUAAGAAAGAGAUUAUUGUAACUUCUGAGAGUCAGAGUACCUCGUUGCACUUUCGGCCCAAAGCAAGUGAAGCCUGGGAUUUUUGAGAGACAGAUGAAAAGUGCAGCUGAUGGUUUCUCAUUCAAGCGUGUGCUGCAUCCUCGCACAGCUCAAAAGUUCCUUACUUUCCUCACAUGCUGAGAGCAGCCCUGGCACAUGUUUCUGAGGACAGACAUGUGCUCAGUGGGUCUGUUCAGGCUGUGGAUCUGUCUCUAAUGUUCUGUUUCAAACUGUUAAAAUAUUUAUGUUGUCCGUUUCAUUUACUUCAACUGUGAUUUUUGUAUGAAAAAAAGAAAAACAGGAACAACUAUGAUGUGAAGCAUUCACUUUGUUUAUUGUUUGAUAGAAAUAAAACUCUUUUUCAAAA